AUGGGAGAAGGAGGAAAACCCCAGAUCUCUGUGGAAAUAGAUGUAAAUGAUCAAGGUCAAGAAAAGCAUUAACCAUGAAAUGUAACCAACUCUCUCUGAAACAUUUAUAUUUUAAUUAUGAUUCUUCAAGAGUCAAGAUUUUUAUUUGCAGAUAAAUCUUGGGUGACUAUAAGGAUUGGAAAUUUCAGCAGCACUCUGGUAAAAAGCAAGAUAUUUCUCCAUGAAUUUGUCUCUUGGCCUACUGGCAUGAGCUCCAGAAUUGACCUAAACCCAAAUGAGUGUGGGAUGUGAUCAAACGUAGGUAUUUCUGAACAUCCAGAGCUUGCUAAACUAGUCCUAAUGGGCUUUCAGAAAGGCUCACAACAAAAGUGAUUGUGCAUCACUACAGAAAAUGCAGAAUAAGGAAGGCCCUUGCAGGUGAGGGGUGCAUAGCAUUAUAGGACAACAUAUUCCACAGUCAGAUUGAGGAGAUUAUCUCCUAUCUGCAGGAUGAAUUAGUAUAAUUCAUUCUGCUACCUUAUAUCGUGCUGCACGUGUACAGAUUCCAAGAAGGUGAUUGUUCCUUUUCUAACCUUUACUCUUAUACAGGAGAUUCUGUGAUAACGUCACAGAGGACAUAUGAAGAAAACAAAACAAAGGUCCAGGUAUGUAGGAUAAAUGCAGUUCUCCAUGAGUUGCGUAUCAGAGUUCUGAUCCAGAAGAUGAAAACUGUUACCGUGUAAAUAAGAUACAUUUGCUAGGCUUGUAAUGUUGGCUGCCUUGAAAAGUUGCUGUAGCUCAGUGGUGGCCAAACUCGGCCCUCCAGCUGAUUUGGGACUACAACUCCCAUUAUCCCUAGCUAACAGGACCAGUGGUCAGGAAUGAUGGGAAUUGUAGUCCCAAAACAGCUGGAUGGCCAAGUUUGGCCACCACUGCUAGCUGGAGGGGGCAGUUGCUGCUUCCCUCCCCAGCUGUGCCCCCCAUAUGUUUUUUAUAUUGUUACAAACCACUGCGAUAAAUCUUUAUGAUGUGACAGGACAUCAAUAUUUUUUAUAAAUAAAAUAAUUCUAAAAUAGUAGAUCUCGAGGUGCAAAAUAUAGGAUGCAUCUUAAUGCAUAUUCCAAUAACUUCAGUUUGGGUAGUGAGCUCACCACGCCCAGUCACUACUGAGCCCAUGUUUGAGAGUGUCUAAUCUGAAAAUGAUUUCCGGCUCAGGAGCUGUUGUUGGCAGUGUCACACUGAUUGACAAAUCAGCCCUGCAGGGGGUGGACUAGAUGACCCCCGGGGUCCCUUCCAACUCUACAAUCCUAUGAUUCUAGGAUAUGUGAGGACCCUCUGCCAGAAAGCAUUCAAUGUGCUCAUCUCUUGGUUGGAGAGGAGACAAAUUCUUCAUCUGCCUUAGUAUCCUACCCUUCCUUUGAAUUUAAGGACGCUUCUUGUGUCGUGUCCAAUAAUCCCCAGGGAUAAAUUUGAAAUGAGAUAGAUAGAUAGAUAGAUAGAUAGAUAGAGAUAUAGAUAGAUAUAGAUAGAUAGAUAGAUAGAUAGAUAGAUAGAUAGAUAGAUAGACUGAUAGAUUGAUAGAGUGAUCUAUGGCUAUUUCUCUUCCAGUUAUCCUGGAAGCAGCAGGUAGAUAGAAGCACACAGGAAAUUGAACUAACACUUUUAUUUAUUUAUUUCAUUCUGUUAAGAUGAUGGUUUUGCAGGACUAAUUAUUGAAAUGUGGGGUAGAAAAUAAAACUCCUCACAAUGUGACAGGCUUCCUGAUCUCAAUGAUUAAUGCAAACUCACUUCUGGAAGAAGAGAUGCAGCUGAUGUUCUCCAUUGUGUCUGUCUGCACAUUCUAUAUUAAUCUGUUGCAUUACAAUGAAGUGCUCUACUGAUCAGUAACAAAUUGGUAUGACGACACUUCUUUUAAUAGCUCUGUGGUUUUUGUAAUCCUGCAAAAUGAAAUGGCAAAGAGUCAGUGCAAGCAGACAGGAGUAUUAGCCGCAACAUUGAUUUAUUCAGUAAUAGAAAGAAACAGAUCUUAUUUUGAAGUCUGAUUUGGACCUUAGAGUGAAAAGAGAGUUCAGCUCUCUUUGAAAUGAUGAGAGGAACACCUAAAUGAUUACCUUUGCAAGCAUUCCCCCCCCCUGUAGUGUAUCAAGGUAUUUAGGUAGCUGAGGUCGAUUAUGUGUAUAUCCUUUCCCCAACCUUACUUAAAGCCACAAUCACUUUAUUACUCAAUAACUGAAGGAUUUUUCAAUUAAAAAAAAUCUUUGACAGUGAUGUCACAGCAACAUCAUUUCUUCAGUUGAAGCAAUUCCAAUUAAAUGAUGUUAUUAUUUAAAAAAUGUGCUGUUUCUUAAUUCAUUGAUAGUUUCUUUCGUACAUCCAGCUGAUGCCAAAACAUGUUCCUUCAGAAGAACAGUAUUUAUUCACUAGACAAGAUGCUUUUUUAAAAAGGAUUCUGAAUAUUGAAACAUCUGUCUUUGUUACCAGAGUAUGGCGGAUCCUCCUUUAGAAAAUCCAGAAUCAAAAUUAAGGAACAAAAUGUCUGAGUCUCUCUCUCUCUCUCUCUCUCUCUCUCUCUCUCUCUCUCUCUCUCUCAUACAGCCACAGGGAAUCUCAGUAGGGAACAAGGCUACACUAUGAGAGGAAGAUGGGGUUAAUCAUUUAUUUGCUUCCACAUAAGAAUAGCUCCCCCCCCCAACCACUUUAUGUCCUAGGUGGAAAAAGGUCAUAGGACCACAGGAAGCAUACUCUCCAACAUUUCUCCAAUGAAAAUAGGGCCUAUCCAACAACAACAUUUAUAUUUAUACCCCAUCCAUUAGACUGGGUUGCCUCCAGCCACUCUGGGCGACUUCCAACAUUUAUUAAAACAUAAUAAAACAGUAAACAUUUAAAAACUUCCCUAAAUGGAGCUGCCUUCAGAUGUCCUCUAAAGGUUGUAUAGUUACUUAUUUGCCUGGCUUACAUAACUCCAUACCCUCCAGCAUUGUCUUAAUGAAAUGUGGAAUAUUCCAGGAUCAAAUCAGAAACUAGGAUGGCUUCUGUAAAUCCAGUACUGUCCCUAGAAAAUAGGGUAAAGUUAGAGGGUCUGCUUUUAGCUUGGUAUUGUCUAUAUUAGGGGUCAGCAAACGUUUUCAGCAGGGGGGCGUUCCACUGUCCUUCAGACCUUGUGGGGGGCCAGACUAUAUUUUGAAAAAAAAGAAAGAACGGUUUUCGCCCACCCGCAAAGAGGCCUGAAGAUGCUUCGCUUUACCUGUCCCAGUUGUCGUCCCAAUAGCCACAGCUGGGCUUCUCCAGCCAGCCAGGUGCCGUGGCAGGGUAGGAGGAUGUGUUGGCCGGUGAAGACAGAAGCAGUAGCCCUGGCGGAGGAGCCAUGGAUGGAGGUAGGGGAACUGGGGGGUCGCCGGAGCUUUUACUCACCACCUGCUGCUGCUGCUUCCUGAGAGGCACUGCGGAGAAGAAGACAGAGCCGCCCGCCAACCCGCAAGUGGCUGCCGCGGCCGGCGCAACAACCCGCCAGAACGCCAUGGGAGGAACGAAGGAAGGAGGGAGGCAGGCAGGCAGCAACGAAGGAAGUGUGCAAGGAAGCGGUGCAGGAAACAGGCACAGAGAAGGAAGGAAGGGCAGACUGAGGGAGAGGGAGGAGGAACAGGAAGAAAAUGCAGCAGCAGUUGGCAGCCGAUGUCACAUGCCCCCUUCACAGUGCUGCCCUGCUGAGGCGGGCAGGCGGGCGAGCCAACUCCCACCGUCAACAUAGCCUGGCGUCGGACAAGAUUGGUCCGUCCCUGAGGAGAAAAGCGCUGCCAUGUGAGGGAGAGGGAGAGAGAAAAAAAAGACGCACUGGUGAUCCAAGCAAUGGCGAUCCACGCAGCAAUUCCUGGACCAUCCACAGGCCUGAUCUAGAAGGCAAUUGGGCCUCAUCCAGCCCGUGGAUCUUAGUUUGCUGACCCAUGGUCUAUAUACUAACUGGCAGUGGUUUUCCACGAUUUUGAGCAGGGUUUUCUGGCAGCCAUACUUUAAAAUCCCAUCAAAAUAAAAGUUUCUCCCUCCUCCCUCCACUCAAAGAACUUUAGCCAAAGUCACGCAAAAAAGCAGCCCAAUGAUUUUUAACCAGGCAGAACCUCCCAGCACUGUGGAACUGACACAGAGAAGGCUCCGUCUCUCGUGCUCAUGUCUCAAAUCUCUAAAGAUGGUACUGAGAGCAAAGCUGCUAAUUUGCAGACACUGGUCUUCAGUCGAAAUGGUAGAGCUCAGAUCCAAUUUUAUUGUGUCAGCAAGACCUAGGAGCAGGCAGUAAGAGGCCCUGCAAACUUUCCCGGUGAAAAGCUAUCAUGGCCCAGCUUUCUGCCACCUUUGCAAAUGUUAAGCAGAACUGAAGCACUAAGCUCUUAAGACUAGCACAAAAGGCACAUCAUGUGGGGACGUUGACUGCAGUUCAUUUUGUUAUCUCUGCUGUGCUUUAUGAUCACAUUAGUCUUGAUCAGCUUUCAGGACAGUGGCACUUGCUUAACUGUAGCUGCAAAGUCAUUAGUGCAUAUGAAAUGGAUUUAAGGUUUCAGGAAAGCUCGAACGAUAGCAUUCCAAGGGCAAAAAUGUAAUUUCCUCCCAAACGUCUGCUCAUUUCCUCUGCCAUUGUGCAUUGCAUGAAACAAUACAGGAUUCGACGCCGAUACUGUGCUUUGCAAGCGUAGGAGGAUCUCAAAAUUGAUCAUAUCAGAGUGUGACAAACAAUUCAUGAGUCAUGACUCUGGUCAGAUAUGCACCAGAAACCGUACAAAAAACCCUCACAAAUACAACAAAAUCACAAGCACAGGGCGGAGGGGAGCUAGAAACACAGCUUGCACUCCUUUUAACUUUUAGAUAGUUGCAUUUUCAGUCCGGUUCAAAUAAGAAUUAUAGAGAGAAAGCAUCACUAAAAAUCGCUCGGAGCAAAUGAUUUUUUAAAAAAACAGUCAUAAUAAGCAAUUUCAUUUACUAAAGGCACACUUGGGAAUGCCACAGAAGCAGCUCGACAUAUUGUCCAGUUCUCUGAAUUGCUGCUGCUAAUCGAAGCUACAAUACACAAUACAAAAGCAUUUAUUUGCUUCUAAAAGUUCUCGACGUGCCACAAAUUACUAUUUUGCCGAUUUCCUUUCUCUCCCUUCCCUGCCUUGUACCCAGAUAUUUCACUGACCACAUGAACGCUGCGCUUGCCAACUCACUUUUAAAAUUAUUAAUCUGAAGAUUGGGGUGCGGACUUUGUACAGACAUAGCUCAGCUGCUUGAGGAUAAAUAUCAGCUACAAACAAACUAGAUGGUAUCUGCUGGAAAUCAGAUGUCCCUGUGUUAAGAAAAGCUAUUCAAAAUCAGGCUGUUGCCUUUUCUGCCAUUAGUAAAGCUCACCAAUCUUCUUCUUCUUUGGCGAUCACUUUUAGCCGAGUAAGAUUGUCUUCCACGAACAUGAUAUUAACAGUGAGUUUGUAAGUGACUGUGGAGGCCAAUUCUGGAUCCACACGUCUUUCCACAGUGGGGACAUAGGUUUCUGGGUGGGAGUUGAUCACAGUGAGGGUUUACCAAAUGUGCUUUCUUCUUAGCACGUUUCUCCCUUUCGUCCCAAGUUCGAGCGUCUUCAAAGCCCAUGACACCUUUGGUAAAGGCUGUUCUCCAAUUGGAGCACUCACAGGCCAGUGUUUCCCAGUUGUUGGUGUUUAUACUAUAUUUUUCUAGAUUUCCUUGAGAGAGUCUUUAAACCUCUUUUGUUGAUGCUUUCUAUUUUUAAGUUUGGAAUAAAUUAUAGUCCCCCCAAAAGAGGUCAUCUUAUACAUGGGGUCUUAUAGAUAGAAAAGUACGGUAAUUUUGUCACUACCACCACCGUGAUGACACCCGGGGUGGACCGCGCCCCCUUCAUCUGCCCCUGGCAGGGAGCCAGGCGCCUGCUGAUAUCUCUGUUUUCUUUUCGUGGAAGGAGCCUUUCCCCAACGUUUACCUUAUUCUGGCCAAAUCCCUGGAGAGACGUGACAAACCUCCGGCACUGGGACAUGGGGAAAUACCUUUUGGGAGUCGUAGGAACACUUUCCCCACCUGCGGCUUCUCACAACUUCUUUCAGAAACAUUGCUCCCCCAAACCGAGGAGGCUGAGCGUAGCCAUCACGGCUAGUUGCCUUGGAUAGGCCUCUAAAUGUUUGGUGCGGCUGAGGCAGCUGAAUGUGCGUCUGAGCUGACGUUCUGUCUGUAGGUUUUGGCCAGUCACAGCCCAUUCCCUGCUUCGUCCACAGGGCCACGACUCCAGGGAUCAGGCUCCAGCUCCAGUUCCCAGGAUGAAGAAUCAGAGGGCAUCCCAGCGGUUCCCAGCUGCCACCCCUCACGCCUCUUCCCCACUGCCCCUUAUCCAUGCAGGAAAUCUGUGCACUAGAGAACAUUUUAAACAAAAGCGAAACUCCAUCAUCCGUGGCAUCCCAGUCUUGCCUUUCUGGAUUGUAUUGUCCUUCUAA